UGAUGCAGGGUCUGGGACGGAUGCUCACUCCCAAUCAAUUGGAGUAUGAUACUAUUAAUGUGAUGAAAAAUCUGAAGUUCGAUUUUUCAAAAAAUAGAGCGUUGAAAUUCCGCGACACGUGCCUAAAUCCCAAUAUUAUACCCACCGCGUGUAUAGAUACAGAUACAGAUGUAUAUAUAGUCUGCUGGAUUGGUGCUAUUCCCUGUAAUUGUCUUUGUUCGUUUGGCGCGCGACUUGGUUAAAAUGCCGACUACCCUGAAAAGGAAACGCUCCCCGUCGCCGCCUCCAGCUCGCAACCAUGGCGCCGCCGCCGUUCACGGGCGGGGUCCAUACCCAGAUUUCCCUAAACCUACCAUGGAAGAUUGCCGGGGCGUGCUGGAUGACCUUAUGGCCCUCCACGGCUUUCCCAAGGACUUCCUCAAGUAUCGCAAACAGAGGCUUCUGCUAAACGAGAAAUCCCCUGUUCUUGACCUCAACCUCCCUAAUCCCGAGGAAGACGGUGACGAUAGCGACGGAUUUUCCCAUGAGAGUGUGCUGGACGGCCUAGUGGGCGCCAUACUGUCGCAGAACACCACCGAGGUCAAUGCUCGGAGGGCUUUCAGUACUCUCAAGUAUUCUUUCCCCACCUGGGAAGAUGUUCAUGCUGCUGAGCCGAAGUUAGUUGAAGAAGCUAUAAAAUGUGGGGGCCUUGCACCAAGCAAAACAGCUUGUAUUAAGAACAUCUUGAAGUGCUUGCUUGAGAAGAAAGGGAAGUUGUGCCUGGAGUACCUCAGGGAUCUAUCUAUUGUGGAAAUCAAGAAAGAGCUUUCAUGCUUUGGUGGAGUUGGGCCUAAAACGGUGGCUUGUGUCUUGAUGUUUCAUCUACAGCAAGAUGAUUUUCCUGUAGACACACAUGUUUAUCAGAUUGCGAAGACGGUUGGUUGGGUUCCAGCAGAGGCAAACUUGAACAAGACUUAUCUGCAUCUCAACCAACGAAUUCCAAAUGAACUGAAAUUUGACCUGAACUGUCUACUGUACACCCAUGGCAAGGCCUGUGGGCAAUGCUCGCGGAGAGGAACUGAAAAAGCCAAAAAGGAAGCCAAAAGUGAAGACCAAACCAUCCCUUGCCCUUUAUUGAAAUACAAGCCUCUAUGGCUCCAAAAUGGGUAAAUGGUAGUAGUGUACAAAAAUUACAAAUUACAUUGUUUUGGCAUGUGCAUAAGUAGUUAAAAAUGUUUUUAAUGGCUAAUCAUGUUACAUUUCCAUUGUCCUGCUCUCCGAUGAUCACAACGAUUUUUUCCUUCUACAUGCCCCUCCGUGCAAUAUAUGCUUGAUUUUGUUUCCUAUUCAGGACAAGUACCGGCAACCAUCCCCAACAUGAGAUCUUUGCAAGUUCCAUGUACAAAUUUCACAUCAUAUAACCAUAAUGUAAUCAAAGUCUAGUUUACCAGGUAGGUGUGGGGACUUAGGAAUUAGGUACAUCCCCCCCUUAUGAAUCAUCUUUUUUCUUGUAUGUAUAUGUUUGUAAGACCCAACCAUUUCUGGAGUGUGGGGGCCAAUUAUGUUUUUCAGUUUGAACCACCUCAAAAUGACUCACUUUUGCCCCUUUUAGGAAAGAGAUUUAUUAAAUUCAAUUCAAGUCUUAG